UAGGUAUCAUGUUCUCAUGCUCUCAGACUGUCUCCACAUACAUGCAUAUAUAUAUAUAUGUAUUUAUGUGUAUGUGCAUAUAUAUGUGGCUGUGUUGCCACUGGGGCACUCACGUAACAAAAUCGAUCUACUCAAUUAAAUGAGGCAGCAGGCAGUCAUCAGGUUUUUUGUUUAAGUCACUCUUUAUCCCCCCCCCGGACUACAGAGCUGAUUAUAAAAAGGGGAGGGAGGGCGAACCUUUCAGAUUAAGAAAAAAGCUUAAGGUGUUUCAACACAAAGCUUCUCUGAGGCUUUAUAAAGAGGGUUGGGGGCUUUUGGGGAGGGUGAUCUAUGCGGGCUUCUCUGGUGCUGGUGCUGCAGGAAGGACCGAUGUCCCCCAGCAGCUCCCAGGCACCCCCCAGCAACGGGACCCCGGGGCCUUUUGACGGCCCCCAGUGGCCCCACCAGGCCCCGCGGAGCAUGUACACGUCGGUGGCCGUGCUGAUGGGCGUCGUGGUGGUCUGCGCCUCGGUCGUGAACGGGCUGGUCAUCGUGGUUUCCAUCCGGUACAAGAAGCUCCGGUCCCCCCUGAACUACAUCCUGGUGAACCUGGCCCUGGCCGACCUGCUGGUGACGCUCUGCGGCAGCUCCGUCAGCCUCUCCAACAACAUCAACGGCUUCUUUGUGUUCGGCAGGCGGAUGUGUGAGCUGGAGGGCUUCAUGGUCUCCCUGACAGGCAUCGUGGGGCUGUGGUCGCUGGCCAUCCUGGCGCUGGAGCGGUACGUUGUGGUCUGCAGGCCCCUGGGAGACUUUCGGUUCCAGCACCGGCACGCCGUGGGCGGCUGCGCCUUCACGUGGAGCUGGUCGCUGCUGUGGACCACCCCGCCGCUGCUGGGCUGGAGCAGCUACGUGCCCGAAGGGCUGAGGACCUCGUGUGGGCCCAACUGGUACACGGGCGGCAGCAACAACAACAGCUACAUCUUGGCCCUGUUCGUCGCCUGCUUCGUGCUGCCCCUCGGCCUGAUCCUCUUCUCCUACACCAACCUGCUCGUGACCCUGCGAGCGGCUGCGGCCCAGCAGAAGGAAGCCACCACCACGCAGCAGGCGGAGAGGGAGGUGACACGAAUGGUGGUCGUGAUGGUGAUGGCCUUCCUCAUCUGCUGGCUGCCCUACACCACGUUUGCCCUGGUGGUGGCCACCAACAAGGACAUCAGCAUCCAGCCGGCUCUCGCCUCCUUGCCCUCCUACUUCUCCAAGACGGCCACCGUGUACAACCCCAUCAUCUAUGUCUUCAUGAACAAACAGUUUCAGAGCUGCCUGCUGAAAAUGCUGUGCUGCGGUCACCGGCCCCGGGGGACAGGAAGAACCACGCCAGAGACACCCAGGCCCCGUGCAGGCGUCGCUAUGAACAAGGUGACGCCGUCACACCCCGUGUGACCGCUGCCUGCUGCUGCCUGCAGAAAUGUCAGUGCAGCCUCGUCAACACGGGCACGCAGAAGGGCCGGGGAGCAGCG